UGUUGGUGAAGGCAAUGAAGGCGACUGGAGCUCCAGGGCCGUCGGCUCUGCUGGCUCAAGUCCGCCAUAUUAAUAAAGAGAAGGAAAGGUUGACAUUGCUCCCUGGCCCCCCUCCCCCGCGGCCACCACCACCACCACCACCACCACCCAGACACAAGCACACCCCUUCUUUCACUCGGCUCCCACAAUGAGCUCGGUAGCCCUUCCCCUGAGUUCCUUGCCCAGCCAGUGCCCGAAGGAAAAGUAGCAGCCAGCGCUUCAGAACUGGCUUAAGACUGCGCCGAAUGAGGGGGAAAGGGAAAUGCCGACCAAUUGCGCCGCGGCGGGCUGUGCUACUACCUACAACAAGCACAUUAACAUCAGCUUCCACAGGUUUCCUUUGGAUCCUAAAAGAAGAAAAGAAUGGGUUCGCCUGGUUAGGCGCAAAAAUUUUGUGCCAGGAAAACACACUUUUCUUUGUUCAAAGCACUUUGAAGCCUCCUGUUUUGACCUAACAGGACAAACUAGACGACUUAAAAUGGAUGCUGUUCCAACUAUUUUUGAUUUUUGUACUCAUAUAAAGUCUAUGAAACUCAAGUCAAGGAAUCUUUUGAAGAAAAACAACAGUUGUACUCCAGCCGGACCGUCUAAUUUAAAAUCAAACAUUAAUAGUCAGCAAGUACUACUUGAACAUAGUUAUGCCUUUAGGAAUCCUAUGGAGGCAAAAAAGAGGAUAAUUAAACUGGAAAAAGAAAUAGCAAGCUUAAGAAGGAAAAUGAAAAGUUGCCUACAAAAAGAACGCAGAGCAACUCGAAGAUGGAUCAAAGCCACCUGCUUGGUGAAGAAUCUAGAAGCAAAUAACAUAUUACGUAAGGGCACAUCAGAGCACAUUUUACCAACUGCCUUAAGCAAUCUUCCUUUGGAAGAUUUCAAGAUUCUUGAGCAAGAUCAACAGGAUAAAAUUUUACCAAUUCUCUAAAUCUAAAGCAGCCAAGUGUACAUUUCAGUUAAGAUUGGCCUGCGUAGAACUUGAUGCCUAUCCUUCAUUUUAUUCAAAGAUAAAGACAUUUAAAGAAACUAUGCCAAAAUUGGGUAUUUAAUAAAGUUCUGCUUGAAGCAACAUUGUUACUAUAUAAUUUAUGAAGACUGGAUUGCAAAAUAAAAUGGAAAUUUUUUAUGAAACUUUUUUUUUUUGAAGAAGUGCCUUAUAUGAAAAUUACGUGCUUAAAAUUUUUGCUAGGAAACUGUAUGCUUGCAAGGUGUUUUGUGUUUUUGUCUUUUUAAAUUUUUAUGACACAUAGAUUUUUAUUUCUAUGUGUUUAAUUUAUAUUAGAAGAAAAUUUUCUGUACCAAAGUUGGAAUUUUACAUUCUAAAAAAGAUGUAGGAGUUAACCAACAUUAAAUAUGAUGUUAAAACUACUGGGUUUUGUAUUUAUUAAAUUAUUGUUGGCAAUAUGAUUUAGAAUAAUUAUGGAAAACGGAAACAUAGCUGUUUUUAUUUGAAUUUUCUGUUAUCUUUUGCCAAUAAAAAUGAACUAAUUUUGACCUCCCUCAUAAGAACAUUACUUUUAAGAUAGAUUGUAAAAUAUUUUGAAAUUAAUGAUUUUGAAUGUGAAAUGCCCUGGAGUCAUCCAUACUAGAUAGGGCCUCAAGUACCUCUGACAAAUAAAAACUCAAAGAUGAUUAUAUGCACCUAAGAUACUGUAUUGUGAAAUAGCAUAUUACUUCAGAGAUUGGGAUCCAGCUAUUACCUUGAUUAAACAAAUGAUUAAUGUAUGCAAUUCUUUUUCUUGUAAUAAAAAUACUAACGUUCCUGUUUCAAAACUGAUGCAUUAAUAAACAUGCUAUAAAGUUCCAUACCCUUUGCCCCUAGAUGUGUUGAUACAGAAACUCUUAAAUUUCUCCCACCUAUAAAUCCACAAUAGAACUUAAUCAUAGAAAGUUGUUACCAUAUUUUAUCUUCACAACUUACAACUUAAAUGGAAACAAUUUAUCUUAUCUUACACGUAAGCAUGCUUUUUAUCUCCAUUUUUAGUGAGAUUCAAAUAGAGCAACUGUGGGCCUCCCUGGUGAGUUCAAUCCCCAGGGAGGGAGCUAACCCACAAGGCGCGGCAGACAUCUCCUGACUUGCCCACUGUUCCCCUCAGCAAUGUAUUUCAGUCAAUCUGCCUGUUCUGUUCCCUACUCUGUCUUUGGUGAAUCCUCCCGUCCCCCAUAUCUCUGGCUUGUACCCGUUCUUACAUGCAUAAAUAAAUAAAUCUUUUUAAAAAAUACAUUAAUAAAUUUGUUACUAAUGCUAUCUUUAUUAAAAGGAAAGUAUAAAUAAUAUAUGAAAUCUAAGCCAUGAUGUUUUGUAAAAAGUUAUCAAAUCCUACUCUAACAGAUUAUAAAAAAUAACUCAGAGUCUGAAAGUUAACAAAACACUAUGGCACCCAUUCGUUCUCUUGUUCUUUAUAAAUAUUCUCUGUAUUAGGUGUAUUAGCUCUAAUUUACAGAUGGGGAAAUCCCUGUUAAUGUAAUUUAUUUAUUCAGACAUUCAUACUACUUGUCAAAGGGCACUAGAAAUGCCAGUAACCUGUAAAGUUUUAGACUGAUACAGAUUUCAGCCUCCUUAGACUGAUACAGAUUUCAGCCUCCAAAUCCUCUUCUCUGCCCUCCAAAUUAUAACCUCCUGUUAAACACAUAAACCAUGUUAUUAAAUAGGACAAGUCAUAUGCCGCAAAUGAAAUAUCUUAGAGAUAGUCUAUGAGAUCAUUGUUGAACUUUUCCAAUAGAAUUUAGGAUGUUGAUACUUUAUCUCAUCUCUCAAUGCUGCGAUACUGGUAAAUUUUAAUUUUGGUAUAAAAUAUAGUUGAAUAUAGUUCAUCUUUAUGCUAGUGUAUGGGAUUUUUAGCAUUUAAACAAUUGGAAACUUUCUAAAAUAGUGAUUUUACCAUGUAUAUUAAACAAUUGCAUAUUGUA